UCUCCUGUCUCACCGGAUGGUGUGUUUUGUAGAGGAAGUUUUGUUUUGCGAGUUUUCCGUCCCUUUCGACUGACUGGGCACGUAGUUAAUGUACUUAAAAGAUCCCGAAAUGAUAUAAGUGUGAUUCGCAUUACCGGUAACCGUUCAACUGUUCAAGGUGAGGACAAAAACCGGCACUGUUUGAAACGGCGGAUCUCCACUCUGUAGAGUAACCCGAGAGCACCUUCCUGCUAAGCUAACGUUACCUAGCUAGUUAGCGCGGCUAGCUUUUGGGUCUGGUUUGCGUCCUGUUGAAGGGGCUCUCCGAGCUAACGAAGCCAUGGGGAACCGGGGCAUGGAAGACCUGAUUCCCCUGAUCAACAAGCUUCAAGACGCGUUCAGCUCCAUUGGCCAGAGUUGUAAUUUAGACCUUCCUCAGAUUGCUGUGGUCGGUGGACAGAGCGCUGGGAAAAGCUCAGUCUUGGAAAACUUUGUCGGCAGGGACUUUCUUCCACGUGGAAAUGGCAUUGUUACCCGAAGACCUCUCAUUUUGCAGCUGGUCAAUAAUACCGCAGAAUAUGCUGAAUUCCUGCACUGCAAAGCCAAGAAGUUUGUGGAUUUUGAUGAAGUCCGAUCGGAAAUUGAGGCCGAGACGGACAGGAUCACGGGCUCCAACAAAGGCAUCUCUCCAAUCCCAAUCAACCUGAGGGUCUACUCCCCCAACGUGUUGAACCUGACCCUGAUCGACCUCCCGGGAAUGACUAAGAUUGCCGUUGGAGACCAGCCCGUAGAUAUCGAGCACCAGAUCAGGGACAUGCUCAUGCAGUUCAUCACCAAGGAGAGCUGUCUGAUCCUGGCCGUCACUCCUGCCAACACCGACCUGGCCAACUCGGACGCUCUGAAGAUCGCCAAGGAGGUCGACCCACAGGGUCUGCGUACUAUUGGUGUUAUAACGAAACUGGACCUGAUGGAUGAAGGGACGGAUGCAAAGGACAUUCUAGAAAAUAAACUCCUGCCACUGCGAAGAGGGUACAUUGGUGUGGUGAACCGCAGUCAGAAAGACAUCGACGGGAAGAAGGACAUUCGUGCCGCUCAGGCCGCAGAAAGGAAGUUCUUUCUGUCCCACCCCGGCUACAGACACAUGGCAGAGCGUAUGGGCACACCGCAUCUACAGAAGAUACUCAACCAGCAAUUGACCAAUCACAUCAGGGACACUCUGCCUGGACUGCGCAGUAAAUUGCAGAGUCAGCUCCUCUCCCUGGAAAAGGAGGUGGAAGAGUAUAAGAACUUCCGUCCAGAUGACCCAACACGCAAGACCAAGGCUCUGUUGCAGAUGGUGCAGCAGUUCGGUGUGGACUUUGAGAAGUGCAUUGAGGGCUCAGGGGACCAGGUGGACACCAACGAGCUGUCGGGCGGCGCAAAGAUCAACCGCCUCUUCCACGAACGCUUCCCCUUCGAACUGGUCAAGAUUGUGUUCGAUGAGAAGGAGCUGAGGCGAGAAAUCAGUCACGCCAUCAAGAACGUCCAUGGUGUCAGAACGGGGCUGUUCACUCCAGACCUGGCGUUUGAGGCCAUCGUGAAAAAGCAGAUCGUUAAGCUGAAAACGCCCUGUCUCAAAUGUAUCGAUCUGGUCAUUCAGGAGCUCAUCAACACAGUCAGGCAGUGCACCAACAAGCUCAAUUCUUACCCAAGGCUGAGAGAGGAGACUGAGAGGAUUGUCACCACCCACGUCAGGGAGAGAGAAGGAAAGACCAAGGACCAGGUUCUGCUGCUGAUUGACAUUGAGUUGUCCUACAUCAACACCAAUCAUGAGGACUUCAUAGGCUUUGCUAACGCCCAGCAGAGGAACACAGCUGCAAACAAGAAGAGGGCCAUACCCAACCAGGGUGAGAUUCUGGUGAUCAGGAAAGGCUGGCUAACCAUCAACAUCAGCAUCAUGAAGGGAGGCUCCAAGGAGUACUGGUUUGUCCUGACUGCCGAGUCCCUGUCCUGGUACAAAGACGAGGAGGAGAAAGAAAAGAAGUACAUGCUGCCCCUUGAUAACCUGAAGCUCCGAGAUAUAGAGAAAGGCUUUAUGUCCACGAAGCACAUCUUUGCAAUCUUCAACACCGAACAGAGGAACGUCUACAAGGAUCUCCGCCAAGUUGAACUGGCAUGUGAUUCUCAAGAGGAUGUGGACAGCUGGAAAGCAUCCUUCCUCAGGGCAGGGGUUUAUCCGGAGAAGGACCAGACGGAAAAUGAAGACGCUGCCCCUGCAGACACAUUCUCUAUGGACCCCCAGUUGGAGCGACAGGUGGAAACCAUCCGUAACCUGGUGGAUUCUUACAUCGGCAUCAUCAAUAAAUCCACCAGGGACCUUGUGCCCAAAACCAUCAUGCAUCUCAUGAUCAACAGCGCGAAGGACUUCAUCCACUCGGAGCUGCUGGCCUACCUCUACUCGUCUGGGGACCAGAACAGCCUCAUGGAGGAGUCGGCUGACCAGGCCCAGCGCAGAGACGAAAUGCUGCGCAUGUAUCACGCGCUCAAGGAGGCCCUGCUCAUUAUUGGCGACAUCAGCACCAGCACCAUCACCACCCCGGUCCCCCCACCCAUAAACAACAACUGGAUCCAAGAAGCCAGCCCGACCCCUCAGCGCAGGCCGCCCGCAGCAGCCGCCCCUGCCCCCAGUCGCCCGCACGCUGCCCGCGGCCCGACACAGGGACAACCCAUGAACCCUUCCCCUGCCUUUGGCGCGCCGCUCAACCCCUCUCCCGCCUUCGGUGCUCCACCCAUCCCCUCUCGCCCAGGCCCACCCAUCAACGCUUUCAACAACCACCAGGACCCCUUCAGCGCACCCCCACAGAUCCCCUCCCGGCCCGCCCGCGUCCCACCUGGUGUACCUAGCCGAAGACCUCCCGGGGCUCCUUCUCAUCGGCCCACCAUUAUCCGCCCUGCUGAGCCCUCCCUGCUAGACUAGAGCUGUGGCCAAGUGUGUCUUUGUGUGUGGGUGUGUGAAUCUGCACACUGAAGGCCAGGGGCAGGGGGCUCGAGGGGAGGGGCUGACUCAUAGCAGUGCAUGAUGUGUGUCCUCAAGCCGUAUAAAUAUGUCUCUUCAAGCAAUGUAUAAAAGCUGCUAAUACCAUCUUUAUCAGUGCACAUGAACGACAGAAAUCCCUUUACCACUUGAAUAUUACUUCUGACUCUCUGUGGAAAUUGUGUUGUACAAAAUAAAACCCAGCUGACCUGUGGGAUGCAUUUAGCUUCGGGAGGUAGGCGAUGAUGUAUCAAAUUCAACUUAUUUUUACUACAAUAACUGGUUUAUUUCCUCUGACUAAGUUCCCAGCAGAAGCUCAUUAAGUAACUUAUUAACUGUUAAUGCUGGCUCCUCCCCUCCCUCCCUCCCUCCUUCCACAUGUUAGAAUGUAAACGCCCAACCCUAGAUCUGUGUGUAUUCACAUUAGCGUGUUGUAAAGGUUUGUCUGGGUUUUCAUUUCGUAACUGAUUCCUACUGGAACAGAACAAUAGCUUAUCUUCACAGUUGUUAUUUUGGUGGUGCAGAUCGCAUUUCCCCUUUGCCCACUUUUUGUUAUUGUAUUCGAGUUUCGUUUUUAUGACCAUCAUAAAAGUAGCUUUAAAAAUGAAAUCACAGAGAAGCAAAGCAAGAAAUGACACAGGGCAGGGUUGACUCAACCCCCCCCCGGUCAUUUACUUUUACUGCCACAGUGAAAAGAUGUCAGAUUGACCGUUAUGAUCCAAGCACUUCUAGCCAUGUAGCCUUCAACAACAAUCCUCUCAUAACGGGUUUUGUUGUAGUCCGUUACCAGAACACUACGCACAAACACGCAGGAGAGGGGGAUGUACAGGCUGAAGGCCGUCUGCACUUUGUGAGAUACUUUGUCUCCAGUAAUUCUACGUUUUUAAAGCAUGGAAUUAUAAUCCCUUGAAUCUCAGUUGAACCCCAAUGAGUUCUUCAGCCUUCGGGUAGACUUUGUUCAUUCCUGGAUUAACUGAUUUAUAUAGGGCAGAGCACACAGAACAGGUUCCUCUCCGAGAGGAUCAAACUCAGUGGAGCUGUGGGACGUGAGUUAGAGUAUAAAGAUGGUAUUAAGCAUUUAGGGGCUGGCACAUCUCUUUCCGGGCUUAGCUGUCGAGGACAUUUGUUAUUGCUGUCAGUUCUGCUUCCAUGCAUUAAAGUAUUGUAUAUAGCUGGCCUAUACUGGGGAGUAAGCACUUGUAUUUCAUUUAAUCGCAGGGUUGAUAAAAAAACAUGUUCAUUCUAAUCAAAGCCCAAACUGUUCAAAUGUAGUGGUUUAAAGGAAGCACUAAUAAAUUAGGCAUGAAUGUUGGUAAAAACAGAUCCGUCAUAUCCUGAUGCAUUAUUUAUAACCCGGGCAUUUGUCUUUACUUUGAUAUUCUUGGUUGCAAUUGGAUCAGCUCUGCACAACCCAGCUCCCCGGCUUCUCCUGCUCUUUUAUUCAGGGUUCUGCUACUGUGUAAAUGCGUCGUAUGUGUGUGUGUGUGUGUGGGGGGGGGGGGCGCAUCUGGGCCUGGACAUCGUCUACCCAGCUGCGAUUAUUUGAGAAUUAAUAUCUAUUGAUUGCAUUUUGAGUUUUUGAUCAUUUUAAAAACAAAUUUAGGUGGUGUUAAGUUGGGCUACUUAGAUGUUUUCUGUUUUAGGUCUGAUCAAUAGUAGUGGUGGGUGUUUUGGAGUAUGAGGGCACACUCUGUCGAGAGAAGCUACCUAGACUUCCUCUGUUUUCACCACAGAGGAAAUAAAUGUAGCUCUCCAACCUAACAUGAAAACUCAAAACUGUUAAGUAAUUGAAUCCUAAAUAUAGACCCUGAGACAGAGUGUGCCUUUUCUUCCUCCUGUAUUUCUCUACAGGUCUUGCUUUCAGUGACAGUGCCCAAAGGAUGAAAACAAGCUUCUAAAUCAGACCAACAUCUUACGAUUGGAAACUCUUCACAUGAAAUAUUCCCCCCCAAAAAACAUGUGAUAAAACUUCCUAUUGGCCAAAGUCUGUUGCAGCCCCCUUUGUGCCUGUCACGUCAGCCUGCUCUUGGGAAGCACAGACUGUAAUGCCCUGUAAUACCUCAGGGUAGUAAUACUGCCUUCCUUCCCAAUGGAUGUGCCCUGCCUCCUUUCUUCCUCCCCUCCCCUGUCUGUAUCUGGUGGAAGGGGAUGGAAACCAACCUGUAAAAAUCUCCUUUUUCUUUUUGUUUUGCAAAACCCUUGUCAAGUGCCUCUGUAGCAAUUAAUUGAUUUGAAUAAACAUGAACUGAUUUUGGGAUGCAGAGUCAAUAAAGAGGUGUUAUGUACAAUAAAGGGACUGGCUCUGGUGGUUGGUGUCUCCUUUUGUCUCGUGUGAUCCUCUUCUCUCUCUCUCUCUUUCUCUCUCUCUCUCUCUCUCUCUCUCUAGUGGCACUCCUGGUUUUUCCUUUCUUCACUUACCCCCCUCUCUCUACAUCCAAACCAUUAAGGACUGACACAAGACCAUAAGUUUUACCAUGGCAACCCUUUUACUGUCAUGACGAACGGAAAAAAUCGUUGUCACUGUUACAGCCCUUCGUUGUUACGCUGCAUAUACAAUGAAUUCACCUCCUUCUGUGAGCGUUGUGUUUUACAGCAUUGAGUCAAAGUAGAUGUAAUGUGUGUUUUUGACAAGAAAAUCCCCUUUUAAUGUGAAAAACAGUUCUUAAAUCCAGUGUUUUAAGACGAUAAAACUCCCAACAAGUGGAUGGGAAUAUAUUUCCUCAAAUGAAUACAAAAAAAUGCCAUCCAAACAUAUUUAAAUACAGUCCCUGCUUUAUAUUCCCAAAUGUGACCCAGCACGAAAUGUCAGCAUUCAUUUUAAUAAUGCCCUUUUCUUUGGCCCCAGCAUUAAUUAAGAAAUCCAGGUUAAUGUGUCUGCUCAUGUCUACCGAUAACUCGGGGGGAUGAUCUCUCUCUGAUCCCUCUUGCUAACAGAGCCUCCUCACAAAUGCCAUAGAUGUUCCAGAGACUGGAUCCUGCAGUGUUGCCUGUCACAGUGCAUGUCACGAGGUUAUGAGAUUAAUGUUGGCUGAUUGUUCCUGAACAGGCGCCCGGCUCCCCGUCGAAACCAGUGGUGACAUUGACCGGCCUGAAGUGGAAAUGAUUUGACCGCCAUGACAACAGGACAACAGGAGAACUACGCUUCUCAUUUUCAGCUUACUUAAAAGCAAAAGCUCAGACAAAACUGUUACGGGACUAGAUAAACAAUCUCAUACUGUCAGGAGACAAACUAUUAUUAAUAGUUAUUAAGAAAAUAACAUUCUAAAAUAGCUCUAAACUGUAGAGGUGAUAAAGAGUGUAAAAUCUAAUAUAACACAAAUCCAAUCAGAUAUUUUUGGUUUCCUGCUUUAAAGCCAUUGCCCAGAAGACUGCCAAUUAUUUAUUUGAACAUAAAUUGUAACUUGACAUAAGCCUACAACAUAAAUGAACACUUAAAAAAUCACCAGAUUCAGUGCCUGAAGUCAUAAAGCCAUUUCUCUAUUACUGUAUGAUGUCUGAUUUGUAAUGACAAAGUAAAAUGCAGUUCAAGUGGUGGAGCAAGACCACUGAAUGUUUUAUGAAAGGAAAUGAUGACGGUGAAGCUGAGUAGGCCCACAAAGUUUCAACACAGUGAGUAAUGUAGUGGAAGUGAAUGAAAUGCACAAUAAAUACUGCAUUAUGUAUGUUUUUGCAAAGUGCAUUUGCAACCAAAUCCCUGCAAUGCAUUCAAAUGAUGGCAUGUUUUUCUCAAGGCUAACUUGCCAUCGAUAUGACUUACAGAUUUUACCUCCAGAUGGGGAAACUGAUCAGGGAGAUUGCUUCUUUUGAAUGUGUGAAUACUUGUUUUUUUCAUAGUAAUGAACUUAUAUAUGAGCUUGACUAAAUGUAGGCUACACAUAGUAGGUGAGGUUUCUAAAGUUAUUUUGUUUUGGUCAUUGUUUUUGGUAAAACAUAGUCAUAAAUGUCCAUGUGAAUUGUAGUCUGAAAUGUAAUAAAACUACAUUCUAGUGA